AUGAGUACUGAUGCCACGAUUCCGUCGUCACUUGCUUCGACUUCGCAGAGCUGGAAUUGGGUGAGUCGAUUUCAACAUAACAACAAGUCCAGUGAUGACAAUGUAGCACAUUCCAAUGGCUCUAAGUCUAUACAGAGCCAAUACAAUACAACGUCCAAACCAUUAUUACUCAACCGGCCACCGACUAGUACACAAUCUGAGACAAAACGACACAAAACAAUUUCUACCGUCACUGAACGUAUUAAACCUGUCAAAUCUAAUGUCGAAACGGUAGAAGAAUUUUCACAGGUACGGAUCACCGACCGUACUAUCUCGAUCGAAUCAUUGCGCCAAGAGAUGGAAGGACGUCAGUUUAUCAAGCUCCAGCAGAUGGAUCGUGUUCCUAGAGAUACAUUUACUAACGGAAGUGUGGACUGGGUGACAAUUGGUGUCUUGACACGAAAGACACUGUCGAAGCCAACAGCCAAUGGAUCCACAUUCAUGGUGUGGGGAUUGUCGGACCUGGACGGAACGGAAUUGGGGCUUUUUCUUUUUGGAGACGCCUAUGUAAGUCAUUGGAAAGAGAUGACAGGUUCAGUUAUGGCAGUUCUCAAUGCAACCCUUUUGCCUGCUACGGAAAAAAACAAGUUUGCAUUCAAAGUUACGCAAUCAGCAGAAAUUGUGAAGCUGGGCAAGGCCGUGGAUUUUGGUAUUUGUAAAGGAACUACUGCUGGAGAAGCACGCUGUCGGCUUGCAGUCAACACGGCAAAGACUCAGUAUUGUUUGCAUCAUAUUGCAGCAAAUUUUAUGCAGGCAGGACGAGGACGUCAACAACUGAAUAACUCGUCGGGUAGCCUGUGUAAAGCUCUUUUUACAGGACUUGCGCAACCGAAGAAUUUGUCGGCUGGAGUGUAUGCAUCGGUCCCAUCAAAAUCCAGCAAGGCUGGAUGGAACCCACAAAAUACCAGGAAACGGCAGUGGAAUGAUGUAGGUAAUGGCGUUCUGGGCGUGCCCACCAUUUUGACAGCAUCAGGCGUUGUGGUCCAGCAAGGAAGAACACGUCCAACACAUUCGACGAACUCGAGCAGUACUUCCAGUGAAAAACAACAGGGCACCAUAAGUCUCAUGGAUCAACUUCGAGAGCCGUCGAUGUCUAUCAGUUCUACUCCUAAACGAAUAAACGCGGGAUCAGCAAAUGGAAAUCGACCCUCAAGUCGAGCGCAGAAAAUUGUAUCGGCAAUACUUGCAAAGAAUGGGAAUAUGCGCACACAGUCUAAGACAAGGAAGGUGAAUAUGAUUCACUUCAUGAAUGCUGGGUCUCACGUGAAGAAGUGA